AUGGACAUCAGCACGUUACACAAGUCGCUGGUGACUGCAUUUUCCUCGGCUGACUCCAAACCGGACCAAGUACGAUCGUUGCUUACCAAGCUCAAGAUCGGCUUGACGGAGAACAAUCUUCUUGUACCGUCGUCGUCGUCGGCUUCAUCCAGCGCCGAGCUGGUGUUGGCACGAGAAGUGCUUGAGAUCGGAGCUUUCUAUUCGGUGCGCAUUGGUGAUAUUGCUGCAUUCGAUCGAUACAUUUCGCUCCUCACACCUUUCUACGAUGCCUCGUUGCCUGCCUCUGCUCACUACGAACCACUUCUCGGUCUGCGACUACUACGUCUGUUGAGCUCGAACCAGAUCUCGGCGUUCCACACGCUCAUCGAAACGCUGCCUAAUGGACUUGUGAAUGGAAGCAAGUUUCUUCAACAUCCUGUAAGCCUGGAAAGGUGGUUGAUGGAGGGAAGUUACUCGAAAGUGUGGAGGUUGAGCAGAGAGGCUCCACCACAGGACGAGUAUCGAUUUUUUGUCGAUCUGUUAAUGGAUAUGAUUCGGAACGAGAUCGCUAGCUGCGAGGAGAAGGCGUACGACAGCUUGGCACUGCACGACGCGGCGACGUUGUUGUUCUUUGACAAUCUCGAACAGGUCUUGGGCUUUGCUCAGAGCAGGGGAUGGCAAGUCAACCCAAAAACCCAAGUCGUUUCGUUCACAGCUCUCAAUGCGAAUGCCACUUCAACCACAAGCAUCCCCAAGAAAGCUACCAUUGCAAACAACCUCGUCUUUGCGAAGGAGCUCGAAUCGAUCGUCUAA